GGCCACUAACCGUUCAAGUUUAUUGUGCCGUAUACUAUCCCACUAAUCCUUAACCCACCACUGCAUUGGCAGCGCACCCAGCAGUAACAUGCUGCCGCUACUACCGUUACCGCGACCGCAGCCUCCGUCCUUGUCCUCAUCGUGGCAGCCAGGAACAAGCGAGGAUUGACUGUUGCAGACUGCACCUCGACACCAUUCUCACCUCCCACGACAGCUCCUCUGUCCACCACCUCACCUUGUCUAUUCAGCUCAUCCCUCCUACCGACACGCGUCUAGCUGACUAUUCUGCUUCUACUCGCAUCCUCAUUCCUGUAUAUCGCCAAAUUCGAUCCAUAUUCUCCCUUCCGUCGCCCGAGUCGCCCCCCUUCGAGGAGAGCAAUUUCACCAGCCUCAAUCCAAUUGUGACUCUAUCCGCAACUGGCUCUUGUAUGCUAUUGCCCGAGAAGAGUUCGAAGUAACCUGUCCCGACGUCCAGCUCACUUGUGUCGGGCAGCCUCCCCGGUCAACGGUCACUUCUCGCCGCCCUUCUGAGGGCUUACUCUGAUCAUUCGAGGAAUCGGUCUAUACCGCGCCUACGGCCAUUGGCCCAAUCGCCUCAGACGUUGUCGGCUACGUUUCGCGCGUCCUACCUCUCGAACGCUUCGUGGCCAGUGUCGCUCCAGACUGCUUAUUACGACCGCUCCCUGUCUUCCAAGACCCUGCUUCGCAUCUGGCGGCCGAGCCCGCUACUUUGGGCAUUCUGCCUGUCGCGAGCCCCUACAUUGGACUGGAGAGAAUACAAUAAAUUUCCUCAUAUCGGGUCCAACCACUCAAGUGUAUUGGUGGAACUUCGGUCCAGCCGCCGCUGGGCAGUCGAAUGACUUGUCGAACGCCGAAAGAUGGUGGUAAGAGUGUUCCAACACCGAUGACCAUGUCAUAUACUGCGGCUGCUGCGUCGGAGAUGGAGGCAAAGUCGCCGACCACGGCGCAGUCCUCUGGAGUAAAGGGUACAGCGCAGCAGCCCUCGCUUUCAAAAUCAAUUCCCUCCCCUUCCUCUCCCGAUUCGCAAAAGCCGCCGUCUGUGGAGAAAAGUGCGUCCCCCGUGACAGAAGCUGCGAAGACCGGUUCGCCUCUCUCAGAUCCCACGGACAAGAGUCGGACAUCCUCCGUCGGGCGGAAACAGUAUGGAGGCUGUAAAUAUGAAACUGGAAUGGCCAGAGCGAGACGACGCGUCCCGUACUCUCUUGGUCCUGAUCCGCUGGAAAAGGUCAAAUCAAAUCUGAAAACGCGCCUGACCCACGAGGAGGAUGAAAAGCUUACGGCAGAUAUGCAAAAGCUCUACGAGACACUACAACCAACCGCUGAAAGUGAACAACGUAGGUCACAAUUCAUCAACAAGCUAGACAAGAUCCUUCGGGAAAGAUGGCCCACUUCCGCGAUUAAUGUCAACGUUUUUGGCUCAACGGGGAACAACCUCGGCACCUCCGAUUCAGAUGUUGAUGUCUGCAUAACUACUGACUGCAAAGAAAUGGAGCAUGUUUGCUCUAUUGCCGAUCUAUUGGCGAAACAUGGAAUGGAGAGGGUUGUAUGUGUUUCCAGCGCCAAAGUCCCUAUUGUGAAGAUCUGGGAUCCCGAACUGCAAGUCGCCUGUGACAUCAACGUCAACAAUCCUCUCGCUUUGGAAAACACCGAACUUGUCCGGACCUAUGUCAGCAUCGACAGUCGGGUCAGGCCUCUCGCCAUGAUCAUCAAAUACUGGGCUAAGCGCAGGAUAUUAAAUGACGCUGCUCUUGGAGGCACCCUAAGCUCCUACACGUGGAUAUGUUUGGCGUUGAAUUUUCUUCAGACCAGAGAUCCCCCAAUCUUACCAACUUUGCAACAGCAACCUCAUCUAGAACCCAAGUUCCUGGCAGGUGUGAACGUAUCCUUCGAUCGUGACGUUGACGCAUACAGGGGUUUUGGAGCCCGGAAUAAGUCUUCGCUUGGCGAGCUUUUGUUUCAUUUCUUCCGCUACUAUGGACACGAGCUUGAUUUUGAACAAAGUGUGGUAUCAGUCCGUCUAGGCCGAGUUACGACGAAGGUUGAGAAAUCCUGGCAUUUGCUCCAGGACAAUCGUCUGUGCGUCGAGGAGCCGUUCAAUAUAUCUCGGAAUCUUGCCAACACCGCGGACGACACUUCGAUGCGCGGCAUCCACAUGGAAUUGCGUAGAGCAUAUGACUUGAUAGGAGAAGGGAAGCUUGAGGAAUGUUGCGAGCAGUUCGUGUACCCGGCCGAAGAGCUCAAACCGUCUGAGCAUUUUGUCCCUCCGUCUGCCAGGCCGGUCAUCCCUCAGCCUCCUCCGCAGGCACCAGUACAGACGUCUCGAGCAGGGCGAACUGGAGCGCGUGGAGGAAAGCAUGCGAAUAACACAAAUCGCAAUAGCAGUGGUCGACGUUCGUCGAAUCCUACUGGCAGGAACCCGGGCUACCUACGCAAUCUGCCGUUUCAGAUGACGACUCAGGAACUACAACUGCAAGCUCAGCAUCAACAGCAUCUGCUGCAUGACCAGCUCUUCCAACAGUACCAAUAUUUGCAAUUGCAGGAGCAGGAGCUGCGGAUGCAAUUACACCAACAGAAUCUUCGGCAAAGAGGAUUGUUGGCAUCUGCCUACCAACAACAACAGGGUUAUGCACACUUUGCCUCACAGGACGACAGCACCGAGCCUGGUACCAAUGCACAGACCAAUGGGAUCAGCCGAGCUCCUCUGUCUGCACCCUUGCACCAACAUCGCUUUCCUCCUUUCUCGCCUUACUUAGCGUCUUCUCGUACCAGUCAAGGUGUUUCGACAAACCCGUCAUCCCCGCGGCUUAAUUCUGUGAUACCGGAUACCCGCAGAUAUUCGCGACGGACCUCGGUGACGCAGUCAUCCCCGGGAGCCUCGCUGCGGGCACAAUCCCAACCUGCUCGGCCAAUUCCGGUUUCCUCCCUCGGGCAGAUGCAAUCGAGGUUCGACGUUCCUGGCAUACAAGACGCUUCCAUGGGCCGCCGGUCUUCUGCAUCGUCGAGUUCACAGGAACACACUUCCAGCUACCAUGAAAAUGGCCUUGGAAUAUCUGGUACUCCAUAUGACCCGAUGCGAAGACCGGGAGAGUAUAUCGGAUACUAUGUCGGGCAGUCUCCGUCCUUAUCGGCCUACAAUCAAAGCACAACAAUCUCUCCAAUUCCUUCACAUGUAGGGUUAGCCAUCCAGAAUGGGGGCUUGUCGCCCCAGCUGGCUCUGGCGGCGACGCGCUCUUCUGGGAUAAAUCAGACACCUCCACCGCGGGCAGUCUCGGCAGUCAUCUCUGAGAAUCAACCAGUCUCGGACCCGGAUCGCAAGAUUUCCGAGGGUGGUAAUACUGAAACUUUGCCGCCCAAGCCGAGGUCGGGUCCUUUGAUCGUGGAUGGGUCAGUCAACUCACCGAGGCGUCGGCAGACGACACUGAUGAACGGUGAGCCCGAGGGCCAUGUCAACUACAGCGCUUCGACCUCAGAAGAUCUGGCUUUCGAUACCCCUUCUAGCUCUGACGAGCAAUCACUGCCAGAUACUCUGGAGUUCGACAGUCGGGAGAAGAGUCCGUCCAGCAGUCCAAGUACUGCCCGGAAGGAAGGUCCUCUGGCGCCAGGAAUUCAAGAACAUGCAUAUGGCCACAUACCUCUCAGGCCCGUGGCACGCGGGCCCACUGAAGAGUUGCACAUUAAUGGCACAAAAUCUGCACCCUCUGUGGGGCUGAACGGCUUGGGGGUUGUGGCCGGUGCUGGGAGCAGGGCUUGGUCGCUAGACCGUCAACUUUCUUCAGUCGAAGAAGUUCAGUCCCCAUCUCCUCGGUUGGAGGAGUUCACGGCGGAAUGUCAACCUCCUGAGAAUGGAAGCAGGCAUUCGAAAUUGGAGACUACGCAUGGUGGAGGAAAGGGGGAAUCAAUGCCCUUGCUUUCACGAGCGAACGGCUCUGUAGAGGCGUCUGCAGCAAUGACAGAUCCUUCGGUCGCUGCAACCUCGACAAACGGCUGGCAAACACAAAGGAAGAAGAGGAAGAACAAGAGGCCGGAAAAGUCAGAGAAUGACCCGCAGGCCUUGAACAUCUCUGGCGGGGAGUCACUGCCAGCCGAUGAGUCCCUACGAAAAGGCGGCUAGGGGCUCCUUUGCGGAUGUUCAUAGCCACAUACCCAACCUGCGGAAGACAUGGCGUACGCCGCCUUUUCAAGGCUCGAAUGCCUGCAUGUUCCAAGUCGGGUUUCGUUCGACGCGCGCUCUUUGGCCUCUCGAGAGAGACUUCAUGGUAUCAACAGCAGCAUCUAUUCAUUAAUAUUUUUGGGUUAUGCAUUGACCAAAUGUUUUGGCGUUGUCAGUCUAGAAAAAGUCGAAGCCUUCCAGGCAACCAUGAGCAAGAAAUGAGCUUGCAGGCGUUGGUCUUGUUAUUGCAACGGAGCUUGGCAUUGCCAACGGUGCCUAUUUCUACAUAUGCGCCGUCAUUACGGAAUGAUGCAUCAACCGUCAAGAGUCUGAGCAGACGGAUAUAGGCCCUCCAAUGGUGUUGGGCAUAGCAGCCUAUACCCGAACGGGAGUCUUAUGACGUCGUCGGGAACGCGCGCGCAAACGAUUACGAGGUGGCAUUGAAAAAGAGGUUGGCAGCUGGCAUGGGUUUGAUAAAUUGAGGUUUUCAUAGAAAAGAGAUUCACAAAGGGGGGACGUUGUGUAAGAUGGAUGCAACGACCUUGUUGUAAAGCUACGAACGAGUACAAGCGAAGAAAAUGGAUGAAACAAAGGGGUGAGCUGUCUGUCCCAGGCGAGGACACAUUGGAGCGUACAUCAACAGAUUGAUCCGAGAGAAUGUGACCAUUAUUAACGAGGAGUGUUUCUGCUGAGUCGUGGUUGUAGAUAUACAACAUUGUACACAUGGUUGCGGCCAUGCUGCCCAAGGUCA